AUGCAAGAACGUUCAUAUACAUUACCAAUGUGUUCUGUCGGUCGUACAUCACACGUUCCAUCAUCAUUAGUAAAUGUUUCAAUUGAUACUCAUCCAUCAUUGCCAAUCAUGUCGAAUGAUAUUGAAACUAAUAUUGAAUCAUCAACAUCAACACCAGAAUUAAAUUUAUUAUUGGAUAAAUUAACUGAAAUACUUCGAUUUCGUUCGGGUUGCCGUCGACAUUUUGGUGUAAUACAACAACAACAACAACAACAAAAAGAAGUAUCAUCACCAUCAUUAUCAACAACAACAACAGCAACAACAACAAAUUUAAAACGUUUACAAUCGAGUAGUAUUGAACCAUUACAUAAUACUGUUGAUGUAUCGUCAAUAACAUUAAAUAAUUCAUCAAUAUCAACAGGUCCAUGGAAAUCAACAAAUAUUCAUCAUAAAUCAUCAAUAUCAAAUCGUUUUCAACAUCAUCAUCAUAAUAAUAAUAAUAAAUAUCAUAUAAAUUUAUCAACAAAUAUAAAUAAUUUUGAAAAAAAACGUCGUCUACCAAGUUUAUUACAACGUUUAAUUGAUGAAGGAAAUUUAAUAAAAGAAGCUGUACGUCGUCUUAAAUCACAACGUUUUUCACAUACAUUUAAAUUACCUGAAAAACAAAAUCUUAUUAAUACACCAUCGACACCAACAAUAAAAUCAUCUAUUCAAACACAAUCAAAUAUCAUAUCACGUUUAACACCAUCAUCAUCAAUAAAUCUAACUAUACCACAACAAUUAAAUGAUUCAUCUCCAAUACAAACAACAUCAUCACCAAAUCGUAGUAUAUCAUGGUUUUUAUCAUCGAGUGUAUUUAGUGUAAAUGCAUCAACAACAAAUCAUAGUAGUGGAAGUGGAUCACCACAUCGUACAUGUUAUUCAUCGAGUACAUACGAUCGAACACCUAUGGAAGUUGGUAUUCAUGAUGUAUAA